AUGCCCAGAGAUAUCGUCAUCUCCAGGACUGCAUCCACACCCUCAGCCAGCAAGACUUCGCGAGGAACGGCGCAAUCAUCGAAGCCUUGUUCUUUGCCGAAAUGGCCCCCGAUGCCUCAAUCCGAGUCUGCAUUCUUCGGCCUGCCCGCAGAGCUUCGCAACGAGAUAUACGCCCAUUACUUCGACAGCCUUACACGCUCGGAGCCCCAUAGCCUUUCCCUUCUCCUGACCUGUCGCGCCGUAUACUCUGAAGCUCACAUCCUUGCAUUCAGUACCAUUACCUUCGCGACCACAUCAUGGAUCCGCUACAAGCUCGCCUCGCUGUCAUCGAUACUCCGACCCGAGUCCUUCAACGCUAUAACCUCUUUGGCCUUUGCCUCACACUUCCUGAACGAAGACCCCAGAACUGGCGCAACUCAGACAAUAAUGGCGGGGUUCAUAGCAAAUGCUGUGACUCUAUUCCCAAAUAUACGGAGGGUGACCUUGAUUCUUCCCAACAGCUACGCUAAAACCGGGUGGCAAGAGGAGCCUGCCUACGGUCUCUGGGACUCUUUCUGCCAAACAGGCAUUGCCUCUGUGGCCCAGACUGUUCUUUCCGGCCAUGUCAUGGCUUGGCCCAAGAGUGCGCCGUGGAAGUUGGUCUGGCCUGAAGAUGAUGAGGAGCGAUACGAGUACUGUGUCAUGAAACGCGAUCCCGGGCAGUAUUUUGGGUCACAUGAAGUGCGCAUCAAUUGGCAGUCUGGUCGGGCGCCAGGGCAAGAAUCUACAUGGUCGCAAAUAUGCUCCCCAAGGCGUCCUUCGGCCCGUAGAGGCCUAGUGCCCUCUAUGGGGAAAUCGUUACUCUAUAACACACUCCUAAGCCCCGUACUCGCUCCGAUCUGGAUCAGUAGAAAAGUGAAGACAAUUUUGCAAACAGGCUGGUUCCUUAAGUACGGGGAUGUAGAGGGCUAA